UUUAUUAAGUGGGGUCAUCAUAUAGCAUAAAAAAGUGAGGAAAAAAAAAAACCUUACGCUAUAUAAAGGUAACUUCAACCUUCAAAUUUCUUCGUACCACAAAUUUGAACACACUUCACUAAAACUAUAUUAAUCUCUUUCUUCAAUCUAGUUUCUCUCUAAAUUAGAAACAACAAAAACCUAGGUUUCUAUCAUAUUAUAUUAGCUCAUAAGUUAUUAAGCAUCAUUAGUUAGCUAAUACAAUUAUAAGUAUCCUCUUGAUUAGUAGUAUAAUUCAUAGAAGAUGGAAAAUAAUGAUGAUCAAAACAAUAUGAUGAACACAAAAAGAUACGCUCUUCUACUAGCAGCACAUGACUCAGAGUACGUGAAAAAAGUGUAUGGAGGAUACUUCAAUGUUUUCGUGGUGGCUUUCGGGGAAGAAGGAGAGGUAUGGGAUUUGUAUAGGGUUGUAGAGGGUGAAUUUCCAAAUAUGAAUGAGCUUGAGAUGUAUGAUGGGUUUGUAGUUAGUGGGAGUCCUUUUGAUGCUUAUGGAAAUGAGUAUUGGAUCCUUGAGCUUUGCAUUCUUUUGCAAACUCUUGAUUCCAUGCAAAAGAAAAUUCUCGGCAUUUGCUUUGGUCACCAGGUGUUAUGCAGGGCAUUGGGAGGAAAAGUGGCAAGAUCUCCCACAGGAUGGGAUAUAGGAUUAAGAGAAAUAAAAAUAAAUAACAAGGAAUUUUUGACCUCUCAACUUAAUUUAGAGGUUUCAAAUCAUGAAAUUCCACAAACCCUAACAAUAAUUAAAUGCCAUCAAGAUGAAGUGUGGGAGGUGCCAAUUGAUGCUGAAGUUGUUGCAUUUUCUGAUAAGACAAAGGUGGAAAUGUUUACAAUUGGCAACCACAUUUUCGGUAUUCAAGGUCAUCCCGAAUAUACCAAAGACAUUCUUUACAACCUUAUUGAUCGUCUACUUACCAACGGUUCUAUAGUGGAAGAAUUUGCUGAAGCAUCAAGGUCGAAAAUAGAAAACAUCGAGCCUGAUAGAAAACACUUGGAGAAGAUUUGCAAAAACUUUCUCAAGGGAAGCCAUAAUUCUUCUUAUGGAUUUGUUGAACUUUUCUAAUCUAAUAUAACAAUUAUUGUUCAAGUAUUGUACAGUCCAAACUACCUAAACAGUAGACCAAGCUAAGUUGUUAACUUGUUUAACACCAAGUUAAGUUGUUAACUUAAUUACAAGUUAUCCGAUUAUGCUAAUAUUAUGUUACUAUUAUGUCUUGACCAUGUUUACAACUAUGAGUCUAUGAUAUAUUAAUUUAAGCAUUAAAUUGUUGGACUUGGGGUCAACCUGUUCUUCUAUUAAUAUCUUCCAAAACUGGGCUAGGAUUGAUUUAUGCAUGGUUUAGAAUUGUCGUUGAUAGGGGUACCCAAGGGGUUCUAGUUCCAUAAAUUUAAGGUCUCCAUUCUGUUUCUCAAAACUGCAGGUUACUAACAUGUUUCGGUUUCAAUUCUGAAUACUUUAAACUUUAGCUCACCCCUAGUCGAUAAUGUCCAGCGUGUAAAGUGUCACACAUGAUUCCAGCUAUAU